AUGAGUAAUGAACUGUACGUUCAGUGGACAUUACAAGCUGCAAAUAAUGGGAGUACCAUUGCUAUGUUUAAUGUUGGGUGUUGGUAUUAUCUUGGAGAAAAUUUUAAAAUGAAUAAGAAAGAAGCUGUAAAAUGGUAUUAUAAAAGUGCUAAAGAAGGAUGUGGAAAAGCUAUGUGUAAUUUAGGAAGAUGUUAUUUUGAUGGUGAAGGGAUUGAGUGUAAUAAAAAGAAAGCGUUUAAAUGGUUUAAAAGAAGUGCAAAGAAAGGUGUUGUUAGUGGACAGUUUAAUUGUUCUAAUUGUUAUUAUUAUGGAGAUGGAACUCAAAGAAAUAUUGAUAAGGCAAUGUACUGGAGUAAACUUGCUUCUAUAAAUGGGCAUGCAAGAGCUUUUAUUAUAUAUGGGAAAUGUUUAUUAUAUUAUUACCAAUUUGAAGAAGCAAGAAGUGUGUUUGAAGAAGCAUUAAGUUUAAAUAUUAAAGAGUCAUAUUGGUAUCUUGGAUUAUUAUAUGAGUAUGGAGUUGGUGGAAUUCAAAACCAAAGUCUUGCUUUUAAAUAUUAUCAAAAUGGAGCAAAUAAAUUAAAUUGUUGUAAAGAAAAAAUUGCAUUAACUUUGUUCCAUAAAGAAAAAACAUUAUAUUAUUUAAAGGCUCUUAAGAAAAGGAGUUCACUAGUAGACCAAAUAAUUGGAAAAGAGUUGAUAGAUGGAUCAACUGAUUUUUGUCCAAGUGAAGGAACCUUUUUAUUAUUUCAAGCUGCUAAAUGUGGAAAUGAAAAUGCUUUCAAUUAUUUACUUCAAACUACUGAAAUGAAAGAUGAUAAAGUUAUUGAAAUUUUAAAUAGUUUAUACUAUAGCUGUUUAAAUGAAGAACAACCAAGUCAAUAUAAUUUAGAGGAUGUAAAUUAUAGUGAACUGUUAUGA